AUGAGCUCCAUACACGCGCUUUGCGACUUGACUUUAGCGACGGUGCACGCCAACAUCGCGGCGGCCCGCUCUUAUCUGUCCGCCGCCACCAAGUACAAGGAGAGGACCUCGGCCGUCUCCAUGGUAGCGCUCAUGCAGGUUCUCGGCUUCGUCGUGGGCCCGGCGCUUCAAGCAGCCGUGACUCCUCUGGGCGACGAGACCCGCAUCCUUAUGGGCCUGCCCAUGAACAUGUACACGGCCGCCGGCUGGAUAAACGCGCUCCUGGGAAUACUCAACUUUGUCUUCUUCCUGCCCUGCUGCUUCACCGAGCGCAACAUCGCCGCGAAGGAGGCGAUGCGCGACCAGGGCAAGCAGUCCGAGGAGGAGACUUGGAAGUCCGUAAGGACCGACUACCUGGCCGCCUGGUCCGUCAUAUGCGCCUUCUUCGUCCUCGUCUUUAACUUUGUGCUCCUGGAAACACUCGGUACUUCGCUGACGAUGGAUCAAUUCGCCUGGGGCCGGGAGGACUCGGUGUUCUACAUGGGACUGCUAAUGAGCGUCGGCGCUGUCAUCUCCUGCGUCGUCUUCUCUGGUGUCGGUCCGCUGAGCAAGAGGUUCGACGAGAGGCGGGUGAUGCUGUGGGGAGGCUUCUUUUGCAUGAUAAUCGGGCGCAUCAUCCACAUUCCCUGGGGCACCGAACCACCGCUCAUCGCCGAACUUGGAGCCUACGGCAACGAGACGACGGACCCCCUGACGAACGCCACGAAGCUGGGCUGCCCGAGUGUCCAGGAGUGGUGCCGCUACACGCCCCGCAUGACCAUCCUGCAGUUCGUGAUCGGUUACGGGUUCACGGCGAUCGGCUACCCGAUCGGCGUCUCCCUCGUCCAGUCCAUCUUCACCAAAGUCCUGGGCACGCGGCCCCAGGGCGUCUGGCAGGGCCUCUUAACCGGUGGAGGGUGUGCCUCCCGGGUCCUCGGCCCCGUCUUCGUCGGCCUCAUCUACACGCGCUACGGCAUCUACCACACCUUCGGCGUGACUGGGCUCACCCUCGUCGUCUCCAUGGUCUGGCUGUCGUUGGUCUACGACCGCCUCGUGUCGCCGGACAAGAGGCCCGAGGAAUCGCCCAAGAAACAGCCCGAGGAGGUGCCGCUCGAGCAGCUCGAGUGACGUCGGAGGAGAGCAGCGACGCGGCCAAGAGGAUGCUGCUCGAUGGUAGCGCCUGAGCACUAGGCACUUGCGCACCGGUGCUCGCACGUCGGGUUGCCUCUCUCGAUUUUUCUCUCCCCGUUCGGUGUGCGUGUCUUUACAUGAUCGAUCGGCCACCUUUGGGCUUCGAGGGGACGUUUUUUUUUUUUUUUUUUUUUUACGAGUGCCACGGUGGACGUUAAAAGCGGGGUUUACCUGACAGCCGAUAGGGAUCCGGUGAAGGAGCUGGUUUUAAUGAGCUUUUGUUUUGGCUCCGAUAACCGGUGGCUGAGGAAACAAAGGGCGCCCCAGUCAAAUGUCGACGGGGGGCGAAGAAUCAGUUAUCGUGGUCGGAAUAUCUACCCGUGGCUGCCUUUUUUUUUUUUUGGGUGUAAUCCCUUGCGUUGAGUUUUCUCGUGCUUUUCUUGUUUUUACGAGGGGCAGAGUCGAUAAUUUUUACCUCCGCGGUGGGAUGCGCUUGCGGACGUGGGAAAAUUACGAAAUCGGGGCCCGUGCCUCGAGUGGCGUCGUGGUAUUAUUACUUUUUGCUCUUGACUCUGCCCUCGACUUUUGGGGGGGGGGGGGGAUUUUUUUUUUUUUUUUUUCACAAACUCCGUCUAGUACGUUCGGGAAGAGAAGAAAAGAAGAGGCGAGUUCGAUAAGCUCGAUAAGUUUAUCAAAAGUGGCAGUUGGAUGAAGUUGGGAAAAAUCUUUCCCGUCGAUGGAUUUUAAUUUUGGUUCUUCCCAAUACCGUCUAGUGUGUUCUUAUACCCGCGAGACUGUAGUUAAGGAUUUGUGACUCAGGGUGUAGGGUUAGUGUUACAUAGAUAAAAAAUACCACUAUUUUUUACAAAGAUUUUAAAGACAGAUUGCAGUUUUUACACUUUUUGUAUACAAAACGCACGUUUAUUCGUGAGACUUACAUAUAUAUUUUUAUACAUGCUUAUAUUAGUAAGGUAUCAUCGUAGCUAUAUUGUUAAAUGUAAUACUCUUUUUAAUUUUUAUUGCAUCCGAAUGAGGCGUCAUUAAAGAUUUUUACCCUUGCCAAGUGUAAAUAUACAAGUCUCUUGUGAUCAUAAUAUAAAUCGUUAAGAUUAUGCAAUAUGAUUAUUUUUACGUAUACACUUACAUGCCGUAUUUUUUGACAACGUAUAUAAUAUGUGUGUACUUAAUGCCGACAACUGUGAAUAUAUGCACAAAGAACAAUAUAUUUUUUUAUACGCAAUAUACACAAUAUUUCACUCAAGUGUGCAAUAAAGUGGUUAUACUCGUUGAUGUUGACGCACAUGAAAAGAAAAUUCUUUUUUUUUGUACCAUCAAUAGCAGAUCCAAGAAAAACUGUUGCAUAAUAUAUGAUAUACAUUUUAUGAUGUACAUGUUGUAAAGCUGUAGAAUGAUGUUGUAGACUAAAUUACGUCAUCGCGAAUGAAAAAAAAAAAAUUGCUACUACGUAAGUGAAAUAAAAAAAUAAAGCUACGGCAAAAGUA